AUGAGCUUCACCAUCAAGGUUCCUGCCACCUCUGCAAAUAUCGGUCCAGGAUUUGACGUCGUAGGACUCUCUCUUUCCCUUCAUCUCACCCUCACCGUCACUCCAUCGCCCGAUGCGUGUCAUGCCAAUACUCCUUUAGCUUAUAAGCCACCCGAACUCACCUAUUCCGGUGAAGGCGCAGACGAUGUUCCCCUCAAUCCAUACAAAAAUCUCACCACUCGUGUUGCUCUCUACGUCCUACGCUGCCACAACAUUUCUCUCUUCCCUUCCCAUAUCAAAAUCCACGCUCACAACGAAAUCCCCUUCGGUCGUGGUCUUGGUUCUUCUGGUGCAGCUGUCAUCGCUGGAGUUUUACUAGGAAAUGAAGUCGGGAAACUCAAUUUACCGGUGGAACGUUUAUUAGAUUUUGCUCUGAUGGUCGAGAGACACCCGGAUAACGUCACAGCUGCCCUAGUCGGUGGUUUUGUUGGUUCUUACUUGCGAGAGUUGGACGAAAAACACACCGCUGCUGCCAGUGUACCUCUGAGUGAGGUACUACCAGAGUAUCCGCCCGACGCUGGUGAGAGUUGGGGUCUGAACCCACCAGUACCCCCUCAUGGAAUUGGUCACUACGUUCAGUUUGGGUGGUCGCCAGAGAUCAAAGCUGUUGCUAUCAUUCCUCGGUUCGAGUUGAGUACUGCGAAAGCUAGAGAUGUGUUGCCCGAACAAUAUUCGAGGAAGGACCUCGUCUUCAACUUGCAGCGAUUAGCAGUCCUUACUACUGCCCUAGCACAGAAUCCUCCCGAUCCAGACUUGAUCUACGAAGCAAUGAAGGAUCGCAUUCAUCAACCCUACCGCAAAACCCUUAUCCCUGGCCUACCCGAAGUCACAUCCGAGAUUCUGCCUUCAACGCAUCCAGGUCUUCUUGGGAUUUGCCUGUCAGGGGCAGGACCUACAAUACUGGCCCUUGCCACCACUGGAUUCGAAGCGAUAGCGGAAGAUGCCAGAAAGAUAUUUCUUUCGAAAGGCAUCGAGGUCGAUUGGAAGUUACUUCAAGUCGUAGGGGGCUCAAAAGUAGUCAAACACUGA